AAUAUAGACGAUCUUUUAUGCGUUUGAGAAAACUCGGGGAAACGUCAUAAGGACUCCGCUUCCGGUUGUUUUGUUUUGAGUGUCUCAGUUUUGUAGUUUAUGUUCAGUGGAAAAUAACAAUACAACGAAGUCGUGGUGCGUCGUUUUAAACAACGUCAAGAUGAUUGAGGUAGUGGCCUCUAUGGCACGAGGGCCCGUGUUUUUGGCAGGUGAGGUUUUAGAGUGUCUCAUAACCUUCACAAACCCCAUGUCACAUCUGUCUACAUCUGCCAGCAGUGAGGUGUUGGCUUGGGCCAGUGCUCAGAUUCACUGCCAGUUCCAUGCCAGUGAUAGUCGUGUGGCUCUGCCCGCUCAGGGCACCAAGCAGGAUGUGCAAGCCGAGAGUGACACUGUGCUUAUACCAAGCAGAGGUGAACGAGGGCAGUGUGUACUGGACACACCACCUAAGAUCUUGUUCUGUGACCUUCGCUUGGACCCUGGAGAGAGCAAGACCUAUUCCUAUAGUGAGGUUGUUCCCACUGAUGGUCCACCAAGUUUCCGAGGUCAGGCGGUGAAGUAUGUCUACAAGCUCACAAUCGGCUGUCAGCGAGUCAACUCGCCCAUCAAGUUACUCCGUGUCCCUUUCAGAGUUCUGGUACUCCAUGGUAUGCCAGAGCCUCCAUUCCCACAGGAUGAGGAAGUGGCUCCCUCCAACCCAUUCCUGGAGGAAGAGGAAGGGAGCAGGAGAGACACUAGACCACUAGAAAGAGCUCUUGACAUGCUAAUGAUCACCACCUCUAGACGGUGCCCAUACAUGUUCAAUAUCACAAACGUGCGGGGAAAGGUGGCUAAGUUUUGCAUCUUUAAGACCGUGUACAGGCUUGGAGAAGAUAUUAUUGGCACCUUCAAUUUCUCAGAGGGGGAUAUUCCAUGUUUACAGUAUUCAGUUAGUCUGCAGAGUGAGGAGGAGGUCAAUGAGCAGUACCAGAGACGCCCCUGCCAGCCGGUCAGUGUCACUGGUCAUGGGCGACACCUCGAGUCCUGCUUGCACACAGCCUCGAGUCAUUUCUCUCUCCCCAUACCUCUCAACGUCACGCCAGGAUUCACCACAGAUAUAGUGUCGUUAAGAUGGCGUCUGCAUUUUGAGUUUAUCACGGCGCGGGAGCCAGUGGAGGCACCUGUGGUUCUGCAGAAUCAGUCGGAGGUCACGGUAUGGACUGGGGCGGAGAACGUGGAUGUUGACACCUUUAGUUGGGACCUGCCAAUCAAAGUGCUUCCCACCAAUCCCACUCUAGCAUCAUAUGUUUCACAGUUUACAGGGACAAACAGCAUAACCAUUUGAGUUCUUAUAUUUGUAUCUUGGAAGAUUUUAAAGGAAAUUGUGUUUUGUGGAAUGAGUGCAGUCACAUUUCAUAUUGAAGAGUUGCUGAUUUUUGUUUCAUAGGCGUUCGUUUUGCAGUGCAGUAAAUUCAUGUAAACGUCUUGUUAACUUUUCAGUGUUAUCCUACAAACUGCUUUACCUCAUGUGAAAAAUUCUGUAUUUAUGUUUAAAUUCUUUUGCUCCAACCUAAACCUGUAAUUACAAAUGUUACUAUUUUAAGUUAAAUGCUCUAUCAUAAGCGUUUUAUACUGUACAUAAAAUCUUUAUCAUGAGACUUUCCAUUUCUGAAUAAAGAGCAAAGACCAAAAUCA